AUGGACGUGCUCGGCGACACUGAGGAAGGUGCACGUGCUGCCAACCAGUUCCUCGCGUCAGACAAGAUCACUACCGACAUGUACGUCAAGGGCGACGGCAAGACCGGAUUCUUCGAGAACUUCUCCUACUCGUUCAAGACCUACUUCAACAAGUGGGCCAACCUUAAGGUGCUCAUCGGUUGUGCCGCAGCCUGGUUCUUCCUCGACAUCGGUUACUACGGCACGUCACUCAACACGUCGGUGGUGCUCGAAAUCAUCGGCUACGGCAGUCCAUCGUCCACGGGUAACCAGAAGAUCUACGACGACCUGUGGAACCGCUCGGUCGGCACGGCUAUUAUCAACCUCGCGGGUACAGUUCCCGGCUACUGGUUCACGGUCUACUUCGUGGACAAGUGGGGUCGCAAGCCCAUCCAGUACAUGGGUUUCGCGCUGCUGACGCUGCUGUUCCUUUUCAUGGCCAUCUUCUUCAACGAGCUCAAGACCGACAGCACGGCCGUCUUCGUCGUCAUGUACUCGUUCGCACAGUUCUUCUUCAACUUCGGUCCCAACGCUACAACGUUCAUCAUCCCUGCUGAGGUGUUCCCCACGGCGGUGCGCUCCACGGGUCACGGCAUCUCCGCUGCAUCCGGCAAGGUUGGAGCUAUCAUUGCCGCGCAGUGUUUCGCGGUGAUUGCGAAGGGCUCGUUCGGUUUCAAGGGUGUGCUGUACAUCUUCGCUGCGUGCUGCUUCAUGGGUCUGUUGUUCUCGUUCUGGGUGCCGGAGACGAAGAACCUGACGCUGGAGGAGCUGAGUUCUUUGGACAGAGAAGGUAUCGCAAAAGAAGACGACAUCGACCCAAGCUUCAAGGAUAUUGACCAAAACUACAAGGCUGUUCAGACUCCCAAUGCCUCUGUGCAGUAA